AUGGACGGUUGCAACUCUUCAAAGCUGGAUCCGUCGAAGGGCAAUCAGGUUGUGGAAAACCAGGGCUCAACCUCUAACCCAAUCCUCCUCCUCCUUCGGCCUAGAUUGAAGUGCGAUGUUUGCCGGGAAGGCUCCACGUGUAGGGCGGCUGAUAAGAAGGGGCUUCAGCGUUUGGAGACGGUGACACGACAAGAAGUGUCGGUUUGGAGCAAACGAACGCUUAUAGGUCGUCUGAGAGAGGAACAUGUACAAGUGAGAGAGAUGGGUUUGGAAUUGGAGGCACUGGGAGAUUUAGCCUUGCACGUUAUUCUAUCCAAGUUAGGCCCCAAAGACACCGCCAGAGCAGCUUGCGUCAGCAACAAGCUUAGGUCUUCCGCCUCCGAUGAUUCCCUCUGGUCCAACUUCUGCUCCCAGGAUCUUGAUCUCAAUCGGCCCCUUGAUCCUCUCGGAAACCCUACCCCUUCUUUCAAGGAAACUUAUCAAAUAUGGCGGGAGGCUUUCAGUAUGUAUCCAUGGCCACUGGUCAUGCGAGUUAAAAGAUGUUGGGGGAGACUUAAGAACUGGUUGGGCAUUAAUUUUCCGGAGGCCGAGGCUACACUUCGCAAGGGUGCAGCAGAAGCUGAUAUUCAACAGUUAGAGACAAUCUUGAAAGUGAAAUUGCCUCUUCCUACAAGGAUCCUCUAUCGGUUUUAUGAUGGUCAAGAAUUUGUGGUGAGGCAAUCGGCUCGUGGAACUUCACUGGGACUCAUAGGUGGCUAUUCUUUUUAUGACCAUUUGGUAAAUGUGUAUUUGUUACCUUUAAGUGAGGUGAUCUUACAAACAAAGGCAAUCAUCCAUCACCUAGGUUUUUCCAGCAGAUCUAAGUAUAUUGUUGUUGCUGCUUCCACAUAUGUCAGAAAGUUGUUUUUCCUGAACUGUACCACUGGUCAACUCCAUGUUGGUACUGCAAAUCUUCCGUCUGAUGGAGAAAUGAUGCCAUGUGUACCAGAUAGAUUAAUAAGUUCAGUGCAUGAUUUCAAAGGUGAUCAACAGCAGGAUGCAAUGCUACUAUGGUUAGAGGAACAUGGCCGUCGUUUAGAAAAUGGCAUUAUUAAACUUCGUGAAGAAGAAAAUAUCAGAAGUAUCAGUCUAUUUCCAGAGGAACCUCCGCUCUGUUCCACUGCUAUAACCAAUGGGGUGAAAGUUCGUGCUUCUGCUGUGUUUAUUCCGGAGGCAGCUGACCUUCAAAAUGAUGAUGCGAAGUAUGCAUUUUCGUAUUCAAUCCGCAUUUCCCUUCAGCCUGAAGGAUGCAUCAUUGAUGGAAUUCCUUUCGGCUCAUGCCAACUGUAUUUGAGGCAUUGGAUCAUCCGUGCUUAUGACCGCAUAGUAUCCAAGGUUAAUGAUGAAGCAGUAAUAGGAAAGGUAAAUUUCGUACAAUCAAUUAUCUUGAUCUGAAUGGCCAAUCUAAGUCUUCUUUGAAAGAAUCUAAUAGGUCUCAUAGUUUCUCCAUCUUUUGUUUUUUGGUUGAAGUUGGUUGAGACACAAUUUUGGGUGUCAAUGUACUUGCUAUAAUCAAAGACAAAAAUUAUGAUACUCACACGAAUCUGCAUGGCAGCCAGUGGAUAUUUUAGUUGAAUGACCUAAUUGAGUCAAGCAGGUUGCUUGCCUGAUUUCAUACACUUUUAAGUAAUUCUUACCUCAAAACAACAGCUCGUUUGAGCAUGUCCCUUGAUGCUAUUUUUCUUUUGCCAAUAACAACAGCUCUACCUCAUUAUG